AGUCCCAGGACUUUAGGGGGAAAAAACUCCCCAAACUUCACAACCCACCUUCCCUCCAACCUCGGCCCCUCCCAGUUCCCCAGCACCCACAGCUUCCUGGUCCCAGUUGCAGCCAUGGCUGAAGAACAGGCACAGGUUGAGUUGUUCGUCAAGGCUGGCAGUGAUGGUGCCAAGAUUGGGAACUGCCCCUUCUCCCAAAGACUUUUCAUGGUGCUCUGGCUUAAGGGUGUCACCUUCAAUGUCACCACUGUAGACACCAAAAGGAGAACAGAAACAGUACAGAAGUUGUGUCCUGGAGGUCAGCUUCCAUUUUUACUGUAUGGCACAGAAGUGCACACAGACACUAACAAGAUUGAAGAGUUUCUGGAGGCAGUGCUGAGCCCCCCUAGGUAUCCCAAGUUGGCAGCUAAGAACCCAGAAUCCAACACAGCUGGCCUGGAUGUCUUUGCCAAAUUUUCUGCCUAUAUCAAGAAUUCAAACCCAGCACUCAAUGCGAACCUGGAGAAAGGGUUGUUGAAAGCACUGAAAGUUCUGGACAACUAUCUGAUAUCACCACUUCCUGAGGAAAUUGAUGAGACCAGUGCAGAAGAUGAGGGUGUUUCCCACAGAAAGUUUCUGGAUGGUGAUGAGCUCACAUUGGCUGAUUGCAACCUGCUGCCCAAGCUCCACAUUGUACAGGUUGUAUGUAAGAAAUAUCGGGGAUUUUCUAUCCCAGAAGAGUUCAGAGGGUUGCAAAGAUACCUACGUAAUGCUUAUGCCAGAGAAGAGUUUGCCUCUACUUGUCCAGAUGCAGAGGAGAUUGAGCUGGCCUAUGAGCUAGUAGCCAAAGCCCUAAAGUAACCAUGGACAGAGCUUCUUUCCUUCCCUACCCCACUCCUGCUUUCACAAAUGGCUUGACAGAACCACUCCAUGGAAUUGGUUUAGAGAUGGCUGCCCAAUGAACACACUUCAAAAUAGCCACUGGACAGUGAAUUUUGAAAUAAAGUAUAGAUGGGCAGAGAAGGUUGUUGGGGGUAGGACGAGAAGGAAAAUGAGUGGUAUUUUGUUUUUUUGAAGGGGAUAGGAUGAAAAUGUAUUUCAUUAAUAAAACAGAAGCAAAAUAUAAAA